AUGGCAUCUUUCUUUUCUGACUAUGGCCUUAUGUGGUACCUGGAAGAAUUGAACAAGAAGGAAUUCAUGAAGUUCAAAGAGUUCCUCAAGGAGGACAUCGUGCAGUAUGGGCUGAAACAGAUUCCUUGGACCGAAGUAAAGAAGGCGUCUCGGGAAGACCUUGCCAACUUACUGGUCAAAUAUUAUGAGGAGAAAAAAGCCUGGGAUGUGACCUUCAGAAUCUUCCAGAAGAUCAAUAGGAAGGAUCUCAGUGAGCGGGCAGCGAGAGAGAUUGCUGGAUACACAAAACUGUAUCAAGCUCAUUUGAAGAAGAAGCUGACCCGGGAUUGGUCCAGAAAAUUCGACUUCCCAAUUCAGGAUUUCAUGAAGCCGAAAGUCAGCCAGGAUGAAUACAGUCGUUUCGAGCAUCUUUUCACAUCAAAGACAGCUGAGACAAAGCCACACACGGUGCUCCUGAAGGGAAUGGCGGGCAUCGGCAAGACGCUGACUUUGGCAAGGUUAAUGCUGGCCUGGUCAGACGGCCUGGUAUUUCAGAACAAAUUCUCCUACAUCUUCUACUUCUGCUGUCGGGAAGUGACGCAGCUGGAGACGGCCAGCCUGGCCGAACUGAUGUCCAGAGAGUGGCCCAGCGCCUCGGCUCCCAUCAUGGAGAUCAUAUCCCAACCUGAGAAACUCCUCUUCAUCGUUGACAGCCUGGAAAGGCUGAAUUGUGAUUUCACUGAACCAGAAUUGGAGCUGUGUCAUAACUGGAUCGAGAAACGGCCGGUGCCUAUACUGCUGAGCAGUUUGCUCAGGAGGAAGAUACUCCCAGAGUCCUCUCUCCUCAUCACAGCUACCCCGGAGACUUUUGAUAAACUGGAGGACAGGAUCGACUACACAGAAAUGAGGGCCAUGCUGGGAUUCGACGAGAGCAGCAGGAGAAUGAUUUUCCGGGACUUGUUCCCGGAUAAGAACAGAGCCCAGGAAGCCUUCAGGUUGGUGAGAGAAAAUGAACAGGUGUUCACUCUGUGUCAGGUCCCUUUGCUCUGCUUGGCGGUGGCUACUUGUCUGAGAAACGAGAUAGACAAGGGAAGAGACCCGGCUCCCGUCUGCCGACGCACUACCUCCGUGUACACCACGUACAUCUUAAACCUGCUCAUUCCCAAGAGCGCCCAUGGUCCAAAUAAGAAAAGCCAAGACCUGCUGCAGGGCCUGUGUUCCCUGGCCGCAGAGGGCAUGUGGACUGACAGGUUUGCAUUUAGUGAGGAGGAUCUCGGAAAAAAUGGCAUCGUCAGUUCGGACAUCCCCAUGCUGCUGAACAUCAAGAUAUUUCUGAGGAGCAGGGACUUCAAGAAUUUUUACACGUUCCUCCACCCGUCCGUCCAGGAGUUCUGCGCUGCUGUCUUUUAUCUGGUGAAGAACCACACAGACCACCCUAGUAAAGACGUCCGGUGUAUAGAGACACUCCUGUUUACGUUCCUAAAGAAAGUCAACGUACACUGGAUUUUUGGGGGCUGUUUUAUCUUUGGCCUUUUACACAAAUGCGAACAAGAAAAGCUAGAGGCGUUUUUUGGCUACCAGUUGUCCCAGGAGGUGAAGCAGAAGUUGUAUCGGUGCCUGGAAACAGUAAGUGUCAAUGAGGACCUUCAGGAACAAGUAGACAGCAUGAGGCUGUUUUACUGUCUGUUUGAGAUGGACGACGAGGCCUUUGUAGUCCAGGUGGUGAACUUCCUGCAGCAGGUGAAGUUCGUGGCUAAGGAUUAUUCUGAUCUGAUGGUUGCCGCCUACUGCUUAAAGCACUGUUCUACGCUGAAGAAACUCUCCUUUUCGAUGCAGGCUGUCCUGCAGCUUGAACAAGAACACAGCUACAUGGAGAAACUACUCAUCUGUUGGCAAGAUGUAUGCUCUGCGCUGGUGAGCAGUGAGCAAGUCCAGGAACUCCAGGUGAAGGACACGAAUCUGGGCGAGUUGGCCUUUUCGGUUUUGUAUAAUCAUCUCAAGCAUCCCAGCUGUACCCCUCAAAUACUUGAGGUAAACAACGUGUCCUUCCUGUGCAAUAACUACAUGUUCUUUGAGAUGUUGGCGCAGAACCAUAACCUGCGUUACUUGAACCUUAGCUUCACAGUCCUCUCCCACAGCGAUGUUAAACUGUUGUGUGAGGUGCUGAACCGGGAAGAGUGCAUCAUAGAGAAGCUGCUGUGA